CGAAUUCGCACAGAAUCUGGAUACCAAUGUAAUUUGCUGGUACGGCUGUUUGUAGCGGUCGGAACAGACUAACCUUGCGAAGCUAACGAAAUGCUAACACUAGCCUGGGGUGAAUUUCGAGUCAUCUGACAAAACAAACCAGCAGGAUUCAAACUUAAUCCACAAUGAACCUGGAACGACUGCCAAAUGAGGAGAAGCUCAGCCUAUGCAGAAAAUAUUACUUAGGUGGCUUUGCAUUUCUCCCGUUCCUGUGGCUGGUCAAUGUUGUUUGGUUUUUUCGGGAGGCCUUUGUAAAGCCAACCUACACUGAACAGCUCCAGAUAAAAACGUACGUGAAGCGAUCAGCACUGGGGCUGCUGUUAUGGGUUACAGUACUCACCACAUGGAUUACUAUUUUCCAGCACUUCAGAGCAGAGUGGGGGGAGGUGGGAGAUUACCUCUCCUUUACAAUUCCACUGGGCAUUCCAUGAGACAUUUUUUGAUGACAGGUCUCUUGAAAAUAACUAAUGAUCCACAAUAAAGGACCAAAUAUGUUCCUCCUUUAACUACAGUGAAAAGAAUUGGUGAUGUAUGGGUCUCGGGAGCUAAAUUCAUUAGCUGCACCCAAAACUAUUUUUACUUGUGUAUGAAUGACAAAUAAAAAAAAAAUUUAAAAUACA